UGACGAUAGUCCUAUGCCAUUGGCCUUCUGUCUCGUUUUGCGCCGCACAAAAUAUCAGAGCUCAACAACGACUGGAUGCUGUUUAACAUCACCAGUACCACAUCUUUAUAUUUUCAUACGCGCAAACGUGAUCAUAAUAGACAGGUUGGAACGUCUGACUGAAAUACAGGGCAACUUAUUUUUCUAAACGAGUGGCGUUUGAAUUUGUUGAUAAAAAUGCCGGACAUGAUUGUUUGGUUGAGGGACAAUGGGCCAAAAUUCGGGACUGUCCCAAAGAAUCCGGGACAUGUGGUCACCCUACCCCUUCUUUUUCUAUUUGACGUGCAUGUGUGAGUCUUGAACGCGUAUAUCAUUUUAGAACGGAGCUUACAGGAGUAGUACCAACGGGGAGUGGCCAGCCAGCUGCCCAAAACAACAGAAGAACUCUUAAGGCAACUGGCAAGUUGAAUGUCAGGGGGCCUGGUGCUCUCUACUCAGUAAUUUCUCCUGUGGCUGCUGCAAAGGAGAACCAGAUGUCAUAAACCAAGAGUGAAGCCUCCCAAAUUUUGGGGGAUUUAAUACCUGUACAACCGAUCAGCCAUGGGAGUCUGUCCUGCUGUGUCCAGGUACUUCCGGAGGUGGAAGUAUAUGAUACUGUUGUUGCUCUCUGUCUCCGUUUUGGCUUGGAUCGCCACUUUUGCCGGCGAAACAGUGAAAGCAAUUCAGGAUACCCAUAGGUCAGCACAGACACUUGAGGAUAACGCUGAGGUCCUGAGGGGGGGCAUGCAAUACUCAUGGAAAACAGUGAUGCAAGUCUUCUCCAAUCCUCUCCCUGACACCCCACCACCAAAAGAAAGCUGUCCUGAGAAAUCACCACUGCUUCAUGGAGCCCUGAAGCUGACGUUCAAGGACUCUUUAACGCUGAAGGAGGUGGAGAGUGAGAACAGUGGAGUGGCUGAGGGCCAAUACCAGCCUCCAGACUGCCUCGCCCAGCAGAGUGUGGCCAUCCUCAUCCCUCACCGUAACCGGGAGAAACACCUCCUCUACCUCCUGCAUCACCUGCACCCCUUUCUUCAGAGGCAGCAGCUGCACUACGGCAUCUACGUCAUCCACCAGGCUGGAGAGGUGACAUUUAAUCGUGCCAAGCUACUUAAUGUGGGGUACUUGGAGGCACUCAAGGACUACGAUUGGGAUUGCUUUGUUUUUCAUGACGUGGAUCUGGUUCCAGAGAACGACUACAACCUAUACAAGUGUGACCAACAGCCCAAACACUUAGUGGUCGGCAGGAACGCCACAGGAUACAAAUUGCGAUACAAAGGGUACUUUGGAGGGGUGACGGCCAUGACGAAGGACCAGUUUCACAAAGUGAACGGAUUUUCAAACACUUACUGGGGAUGGGGUGGGGAGGAUGAUGACCUUCGCAUCAGGGUGGAACUCCAGAAAAUGAAGAUUAUACGGCCACCCCCUCUUAUAGCACGCUAUACCAUGAUAUUUCAUAAAAGAGAUAGCGGCAACGAAAUUAAUAAAGACCGGAUGCUCUUGUUAGGACGGACACCUCAAGUCUGGAGAACGGAUGGCCUUAACACCUGCUCCUACAGUACUCUCUCAGUUGAGAGGCCACCUCUGUACAUUAAUGUCACAGUGGACAUUGGCAAACCACUGCACUGAGGCUUCAGAGCAUCUGUCUUGAUGUGCUGCAUUGAAUGCAGUAAUGGUGCUCUGGUAUGUCCAUGCCUACAUGUUAUGUACCUGCCCUAACAAACAGAGUGGCAGUAGCUGGUAAGCAAAAGUUUUUACGGUAAACCAUUCCAAGCAGGGCACGUAAUAUCGCCAGGUCCUAAUAACGUAAAGUCUGGAGGCCUUUUAGUCAAAACUGGUGAGUAGUUUCUAGGGGUGAGAAUAAAACUACAAUUAAAUGUUGCUCUGCGUUAGAGGUUUGCUGUGACUUGAUUGUUUCAACAAGUAUUUGCAUUCUAAUAGAGCAUGUUAUUAUUUUUAUUCUAAAGAAUCAUGGAUUUUUUUCAUUUAAUCUCUGGUUGUCAAAUAAAAAUGGGAACCAAGAAUUGGUGAAUGUAGAAGGUAAAAUGGAGGAACAAGGGACAACAUAGGACACAAGGAACACGUUUUCAUAUAUGAAUCAUUCUCACAUUUGUGAAAGUAUGCUACAUGGAAAUUAACUGUAGUUUUUAUGCAAUCUUGUUACAACAGCCAGCAGUGAUAUCACAGUGUAGAUGGCUUCAUUUUCUAGACGUCACAAGUUUUAUAUUUUGAAUAUGCUGCUACAAGAUUUGUGAAGUAACUCCAACACUAAUUUAGUCAAAUGUCUAAUAUUGUAAAAUACUUUGCUUCUGUUGCCUUAAUUCAUCCAGUUGUAAAAGUACCAGAGGUCCAUUCCUGUUUUUUUUUUUAUUGCUGAGCUAUACAGUUCCGGUCAAAUAUAUUGCCACCCUUACAUGAUUCCCUACAUUUUUUUGCUCAAAUGUAUUCUUCAUCAAUGCAAUGUUAUUUAUCAUAUCAAAUAUGACUAUUGUGUUUAAAUGUUUAAUAUAUUUUAAUAUGGUUUUGGUAUGGCCUGCUCUUUCACAUGUAUCCUUCUGUAAGUUAUGCAUCAUUCAUAUUUUCAUGGUGUGCGGUUACAGCUAUAUGAGUAGUACUGUAGUGUUCAACAUUUGUUUGUUUCUGUGGUCCUACUUUAUCUGAUUUAUAAAUUAUUGAUGUUUUAGAAUAUGUUUUGGGAUGCCAUAAUGACUGAUCAAUUAAGAGUGCCUUGUUCGGUGAGACCUUUCUCUCUUGAAUCCUUUCCUUUCAAAAUAACAUUUUUAAUCUUGUAGAUUGUUUUUAUAGGUGGGAAGAGACAUGAAUCAGAUGGGACUUGUGAAUUGAAGAGAAAUAAAUGAUCUAUUUCUAUAAACA